CGGAAGCGAGAGCGGCGCGCUGCGGGGUCCGGGCCGCCCCGCCAUGGUUCUGCGGCGGCUGCUGGCCGCCCUGCUGCAUAGCCCGCGACUGGUGGAGCGCCUGUCGGAGUCGAGGCCCAUCCGGCGCGCGGCGCAGCUCACGGCCUUCGCGCUCCUGCGGGCCCAGCUGCGCGGCCAGGACGCGGCCCGGCGCCUCCGAGCCCUGGCGGCCGGGCCCGCGGGCUCCCUCGGCCGCCGCGCCGCCCGCUUCCGAGAAGCCUUCACCCAGGAGCUGCGGCGCGGCCUGCGGGAGCGCCCGGGGUCGCCCCCGCGGAGCCGCAGGGGCCCGGGCGCCCCGCCCUGAGCCGCCCCCGGGGCUCGCGCGAAGGACGCCGCGCACCUGCCCGGCCGCGGCACGUGCGCCCUCCGCGGACAGCGCUGCUCCCCGGCCCCGGCCCGGGCCCCGCCAGGACCGCCCGCGAGGCCUCCGCCCCCCGCCUCCGUGCACCGUCGAGGGCUCCGUCGAGGACACCGUGGAGCCCGCGGACCCGGACGCCCGCCUUCGCUCGGCUCGGGGAUCCGGGAUCCGGGAUCGAGCCCCGCGUCGGGGCCCUGCGUGCAGCCCGCUUCCCCCUGGCCUGCGUCUCUGCCCCUCUCUGUGUCUCAUGAGCAGAUAAAUACAAUCUUAAAAAAUGAAAGAAAAUGACAGCCCGGGUGGCUCAGCGGUUCAGCAUCCCCUGCAGCCCAGCGUGUGACCUCGGAAACCCGGGGUCGAGUCCCGCGUCGGGGCCCUGCGUGCAGCCUGCCUCCUCCACCGCCUGCGUCUCUGCCUCUCUCUGUGUGUGUGCCUCAUGAACAGGCAAAUUAAAUCUUAAAAAAAUAAAAUAAGGACACCCCGGGUUCAGCGGUUCAGCGCCCCCUAAAGCCCAGGGCGUGACCUUGGAGACCCAGGAUCAAGUGCCACGUCGGGCUCCCUGCAUGGAGCCUGCUCCUCCCUCUGCCUGUGUCUCUCAUGCAUAAAUAAAUAAAAUCUUAAAAACAAAAAAAACAAAACCUUCCUAACGUUCAUUCUUAUGCUCUGAUACCGCAUCAGCCUGCAAGGCCGGAAGCCCCACCGUUUCUAAUGACCAAAGUCCGGGUUUGGCAUCCUGCCCCCUCCCUGCUCUGACAAAGGCCAGAUACUCCUCCCAGACCAGAGGCAACUCUGGAUUCUCCUUGGGGGCAGCCAGUGAGGAGCCAGAGGCCCCUGGCCGAUCCCGGCCUUCCUGCCGCCCUGGUUUCCAUCCCACCCGCUGGUCUCUGGGGCUCAGAGCUGCAGAGUGUCAGCAGUCCCCAGCCUGACUCCCCACCCUCCACAUAGGGAAGCACGCUUACCUGUAGGUCUUUUUCCAGACUGGCAGGGGCAAGAAGGGAAGCGGCGCAGGGAGCAAUGAAGCUCCUGGACAACCUGGUCGUUUUUUUGUUUUGUUUUUUUUUAAAGAUUUUAUU